GCGCAGUAAACUUAGCUCAUGCGCAUUUAACCAUUUUGUCCCGACACCAGUACUCAAUCCAAAAGUUAUUCUGCCAUCCAGAAGUACAACGUAGUACAUACUGAACGCGUCUAGAGAUAUUUGUGUUAGCCAUUUUGAAAAACGUUUAGUUUUCAUUAAAUGUUAAAUAUUAUAUCCGAAUAAUUUCUCCAUCGUUGAAAUAGUACUGUUUAACGUGGCAUAAUUUUAACUUUUUAGUUAUUAUUAUUAUUGUGAAAAAUAUUGAGUUGUGAUAAGCAUCUUGAAAAUUCUGGACAAUUAAAUUUAGAUCAAAAGGAACCUAAUUUAUUUUAUAAUGAAUGGGAAUCAAGGAAAAUCACGGACAGCUAUUUUUAAGAGGAAUAAGAAAAAAAUAGAAAAUCAUCGAAAAUUGUAUCCUAAAGAUAAAUUGCUGCAGCUUCUUCCCGAUGGAUUCUUGGAAGAAAGAACAUGUUCACCGUCAACAUCAUCUGUAUCAUCAUCAGUUUCGUCAUUGCCAGUAUUCGAAAAUUUAUCAGCUCACGUCGAUAGUGAAAGAAAUCGAUGGACAAGAAACAAUGAUCAACCUUUACUCCUCGAGGGGGGAGGAGUGGAGGAAAAUUUAGAACAUAGUCAGCCUAUGAAUUCAGAAGAAACUCAUGAGGUUAUUGCUGAUGAUACAGAUUAUCCAGACAAUUUUUCGGAUAGUUCUGAAGAAUUCAAUAAUGCUGAACAGAUUGAAAACAAUAAUAAUGGAAGUGCAAUUAAUCUUGACAGUGAUAGCGAAGAUAAUAACGACGAUAAUAGUGACAGUGACUCUAAUGAUGCAAGUAGUUCAAACAAAACUUUUUUUAGUAUCAAUAAAUCAGUAUUUACCUUUCCAUUUGUAUCUAAAUCUACUUUUAAUGAAAAUGAUCACUUGUUGGCUAUAAUUGCAAUAUCUAUGCGCAAUAACCUUUCCUUUGAAGCGACAUUGUCCAUGCUUACUUGGAUGAAAUUAACUCAUAGUAAUAAUAACCUUCCAACAACUAAAAAAGCUCUAUGGAAAGCAUUACAUCGUGAUGAAUCAUUGAUUACCCGUCAUCUUUAUUGUGGUAUCUGUAAAGAAAAUCUUGGAACAGGGACAACGCCAUAUAAAAAUUGUAGUUGCCAAUCAUGUGGUCCAAAAAAAAAUUCAGAAAACGUCCAUUAUUUUCUUCAGCUAAACUUAAUUAGCCAAUUAUCUGAUUUAUUUAAAAUCCCAGGUAUUGAGAAGUCAUUGAGUUAUCGAUUUACGAGAGAAAAAAAAGAUUCAUCAGCUAUGGAAGACAUCUUUGAUGGACAAGUGUAUAAAAAUUUGAGUUCAUUUGGCAAUUUCUUGGACAAUCCAUCAAAUUAUUCGUUCACAAUCAAUACAGAUGGCUGUCAAGUAGCAAAAUCAUCAAAAGCUAGCGCAUGGCCUAUUUACUUUCAGAUUAAUGAAUUACCACCACAUCUACGUAAGAAGCACAUGCUUUUGGCAGGAGUUUUUGUAGAUACAUGUCAUCCAUCUUUAAACCUCAUGUUAGAUCCAAUAGUGAAGGAAUUACAAAAAUUGAACGAAAGUGGAAUUGCUUGGAAAACUUCCGAAGGUCAAAAAAUUGUAUCUAAAUUUGCUGUUACAACUUGUAGUGUUGACUCUCCGGCAAGAUCUCUUAUUAUGAGAAUGAAGCAAUUUAAUGGCUACAACGGAUGUUCGUUUUGUUACGCAGCAGGAGAAUAUCAUGGACAUAAAAUCGCAUAUCCAGGGAGUCAUAGUUAUGUAAAUUUGCGCACCGAUGAAGAAAUAAGAAGAGAUAUGCUCAUUGCUUACGAAUCCAAAACAGUAACUAAUGGUAUAAAGGGAAUUUCUGCUUUAGCUGCUUUUCCAGAAUUUGAUUUGAGUAAUGGACCUGCUGUUGACAGCUUACAUGCAGUUUUUUUGGGAGCUGGACGACAACACUCAAAUUUAUUUUUUACAGCUACAGAUACUCCAUAUUACAUUGGUGAUCCAGCUAGUCAAGGAAUAAUUAAUAAUCGCUUGUUAUCUAUAAAACCUCCAUCACGUCAAAGUCGUUUACCACGAAAAUUAGAAACAUUUAACAAUUGGAAAGGCUCAGAAUUAAGAAACUGGUUGGAUUACGCUGCACCGUGCUUGGAUGGUAUAUUAGACAUAAAAUAUAUCAAACAUUUUACUCUCCUGUCUCAAGCUGUGCACAUUUUCAAUAACGAUUCUAUAUCAAGAACUGAUCUUGAGCAUGCUGAAAAUCUUAUAGAACAAUAUGUCACACAGUUUGAAGAAUUAUUUGGGUUAGAUCAAAUGAGUUUCAAUAUCCAUUUAUUAACUCACUUGGCGAGAACAGUUAAGAAUUUAGGUCCAAUGUGGGUACAUAACGCUUCCAUUUUUUAAUCUUGGAACAAGAAAGUUAUGGACAAAGUAACGAGUCCUCAUGGAAGAGCUGAUCAAAUAGUAACCAGAUUUUUAAUGACCAAAUUCAUAGAAUCCACAGUUUAUAGCGAUGUUAUUUCUCUUGAAACAAAGCAAUUUAUACGUGACACUAUGAAGAUGCCUAACUUAAAUGACGGAACUGUAAUUAACAAAAAUUUUCAAAGUAUGAGCAGCUCUGAAAACACAAUACUUAACGAAACCGAACUCAAUAUACUUCAAGAGAUGGGUUAUAAUCCAAUUAACUGUUCGUCAUCAUACGCUAAAAUUCGAGUAAACGGAGUUGAUUACAGCAGAAAGAACGAUAAUGAUAAUAAAUUCUGUAAUUCCAUAAUAUUUUGUAACAAUACAUUUGGAGAAAUACUAUCUAUUAUUGAAUUUAAAAAUGGAGAUAAUCAUAAAAUUCAAGGCUUUUUUGUGAAAGUUUUUA